CAAGCAUAGCAGUGUAGCGUAGAUAGCAGUACCACUCAAUCUCCAUUGUUGUAUGAACUAGGAAGAGGAAUGGCAGGGACUAGCAAGAUUCUCUUCAUUGGAGGCACUGGUUACAUAGGAAAGUUCAUCGUAGAAGCCAGUGCCAGUAGUGGCCACCCAACUUUCCUUUUGGUUAGGGAGUCCACUCUUUCCAACCCAUCAAAAUCAUCCAUCAUCGACAAAUUCAAGAACUUGGGUGUCAAAUUUGUUUUCGGAGAUUUAUAUGAUCACCAAAGUUUGGUGAAUGCCAUAAAGCAAGUCGAUGUGGUAAUCUCUACUGUAGGACACUUGCAGCUGGGUGAUCAAGAUAAGAUCAUUUCGGCUAUUAAAGAAGCAGGAAAUGUUAAGAGGUUCUUUCCAUCUGAGUUUGGAAAUGAUGUGGACCGGACUCAGGCAAUUGAACCAGCAAAGAGUGCAUUUGCUACAAAGGCCAAAAUUAGACGAACCAUUGAAGCUGAAGGAAUUCCCUACACUUAUGUGUCAAGCAACUUCUUUGCUGGUUACUUCCUACCCAAUUUGUCACAGCCUGGAGCUACACCUGCCCCCAGAGAUAAAGUUGUUAUCCUUGGUGAUGGAAACGCCAAAGCUGUUUUUAACAAGGAAGAGGAUAUUGCCACUUAUACAAUCAAAGCUGUGGAUGAUCCAAGAACAUUGAACAAAAGUCUCUAUGUUAGACCCCCGGCUAAUACCUUGUCAUUUAACGAUUUAGUUUCUCUCUGGGAGAAGAAGAUCGGUAAAACUCUUGAAAGAAUCUAUGUCCCAGAGGAACAAAUCCUGACACAAGUUCAAGAGUCAUCACCACCCUUGAAUGUGGUCCUGUCGAUUAAACACUCUGCUUAUGUAAAGGGGGAUCAUGCUAACUUUGAAAUUGAGCCUACAUUUGGUGUGGAAGCUUCAGCGCUCUAUCCUGAUGUGAAAUACACCACUGUAGAUGAGUACCUUAAUCAGUUUGUCUGAGAUGAAAACUAGUUGAUAUGUCCUCUAGGUAAAACUUCGUUGUCUAAAAUAAAGAGAAUCGUGUAACAGCAGUAUAGAACUGACUUGUUGCGAUGUGCUCCUCAAAGGAACUAUGUAUGGAGAAAAUAUGCAAUACUAUGUUAUGAUAAUUUUAUUGAAUGCCCGUUUAUUUUCCUUGUAUGAAAGUUAAAGUGAAAAAAUAGCAACGACAAUAUGUUAGAAAAGUCUUGGCGUCAGUUAGAAGCCUUGUGAUUGUGAAAUGAACAAUAUUCAAUGCCAAUUCAGUUAUUAAAACGAGCAAUAAAUAAAAC